AAAUGCUAAUGUUGCAGCACGGCGACAGAUCGACAAGAGCUUACUGGCAAUAGUACAUUUGCGUGUGGAAUACAUUUGAAGUUCUGUACAGUAAGGAGUUCUUCGCUCGCCUUUAUAUGGCUAUUUGUAUUGCCGAAUGGAAUCCUGAUAUGAACUGAAAUGAAUUAUUAUCGUGGGGUUCUUAGAAGAAAUCGGUUCGGCGCCAGUCGUAAUACACAAGUAUAUGUUUUUAAUAAUAUGAAGUGAAGUGAAGACCUUUAAUACAGUAUUAUAUUAAACGUAGCUAAGCCUAUAAUGAAUUGAGAAGUGGAGAUUAAUACAGUAGCAAUUUUAAAAACAAAAAGAUGGAUAAUCAACAAAAUUAAUUGCGGCGGCAAUAGAUUCAUAGUUACGUGAGAAAGGGACAAGUUACGUGCGUAUAUAUCGCAUUGCUAUUGUCCAGAACGGUCGUCUACAUGAUUCUGCACAAUGAUGUGAUGGCAGACCGUCUGAAUGUGGACGCGACGUCAAAUAUUAAAGCCGUAAGCUCUUUGGUUAAUCACAGAUUAAAAUUGCCACCGAUCGCUACAGGUUACAACAACGCUGGCAAACAUCAUAACAACAGGUCACUGUCUUAUGGAAAUCGUGAUUUGAAAACAGGCCAAGAUUUCAGCCUACCUCGGAUCAAUUUGAACGCGCUUGUGGGGUCAGAAAACGAUGUGGACAACGGGACAGGUCCUGGUAAUAAAAGUCUGGAAAACCAGAUGCUUACAUUUCCUCGAGUUUACACUGUCCUACCUCCGAUUGGAAAAACAUUCGAUGCUUCUUCAUCGCUGAAAACAACGACCGUUAACAUUCCUAAUGCCCCGGUUAAUGGAACGAAGCGUCACAGGCGCUCAACUCGAGCAAGAAGAAAUAAAAAAUUGCAAGAAAAUCCGGAAUUGAAACACGACUUAACGGAGACAUUAGGCGAUAUAUCAAAAUCGGAAACGGUUGUCGAACAGCCAGCUGUGUUGAUUAAAACGACUGUCGCCGAUUCGCAAAAUGGGGAGAAGUUUUCUCUUCAAAUACCCGACCCAGCAUUGCCUUCGGUCAAAAUAGAUGUAGCAGAAACAGACAGAGAAACACGGCUACGUCGCUCGGAAACUUUAAAAUCAGAUAGCGGAAAGGGUCCGGUCACUUUAGGUACGGAUUCGAUAUACGCUACGAUCACUGUACCUGAGACAAAUGAUGAUUUUAAUAACGAGGAUAAUCGGCAAGAAGCAGAAUCUCCCUUCCCACAAUUUAGCACAGUCCCAGAGGCCUUAAGACUUUACGCAGACGUAUAUCCCCCGUCACCACCAUCUAGCGCAAGACGGGGCAAAAUUGCCGUCGAAAAGACGAGACAAUUACUCGUGGAAGAAAACGGCCUUCGCAUUUCUUUCAUGGAGAAUUUCGGCAUUCGCAGGCGAAAUGCAACGUGCGUUGAAUUGGACGACGCUUUGAAAAAUGCCGUCCAGUUGCUUCGCGAUUUAUUUUUAAGAAAAACUAUGGAGGAAUUGUGUAUGCUAUGGUAAGCCUUUGCAGCAAUGAAUCUGCGUAGAACGCGAGCCAUUUUGAAGGCUUUUUUGAGUGGCUUAGACUGGAAUACGCCAGCUGAUAAUAUAUAUGAUUGAAGAUGAUUUUGUC